AUGGCAUCAGAAUCUGGAAAUAGACGCACGUCACUCGCGUCCAUCACCACUACGAAGUCUCUCCUUAGUCGCACCCUCACCCGGAAGGAUACUCUAGACUCUUCUGAUCAACAAGGCGGUAUCAAGGGUCCAAUCGGUCUGACCACUCUGUACAGUCCUCCUGAGGACAUUGUGGUGGACUUGAUAUUUGUUCAUGGAGUCAAUGGGGGCUCUUACAGUACAUGGACUAAGAAUGGCGAGUCAUCAUUAUUCUGGCCUCAGGAGUGGCUUUCCAAGGACCAGGCCUUCGAGGAUGUGCGAAUUCACACGUUUGGAUAUGCAUCUGCCUUUAACCAGGAAUCAUUUCUCAAUAUCCCGGACUUUGCACGAUCUCUGCUGUAUGCUAUACAUGAUUCACCAGUCAUCACGAGAGAUAGCAAGGUCCCAUUAGUCUUCGUUGGGCACAGCAUGGGCGGAUUGGUCAUUAAGAAAGCGUUCAUCUCCGCCCACAGCAGUGAAGAAAUGAAGCCGCUUGCUCGCAGAGUCUGUGCCAUCUUUUUCCUCGCAACACCACACCAAGGAGCCGAUCUUGCGCAGACCCUUAGUCGGAUUUUACAGGUAGUCUCGGGAACACGGGCUUUUGUACAGGACCUUUUUCCAGGAUCGCCAGCCUUGGCAUCGAUCAACGAAGAAUUCCCCCAGCUUUGUCGUGAACUUCAACUUUUUUCAUUCUACGAAAAUAAACCGAUGAAUUUUGUCUUUGGACGAGGGUUGAUUGUGGACAAAAGCUCUGCGGUGAUGAACUACGUCAACGAAAGGAAGAUGUAUCUCAACGCAAAUCACCGGGAUGUCGCCCGCUUUGCGUCUCCAAAUGACCCAUCCUUCUUAACAGUUAGGAACUCGCUUGCAGCAUAUAUCGAUAGCAAACGAGGGUCCCAAAUCUCGAAAGGGAAGGUGAGGGAAGGUGGUCGCUUAGAGGAGUUGAAUAAAUUCUUGAGUUUUUCUGAAGCUCCGGAAGGUGACCUGAUGAGCCAAGAUAAUGCUCGGAUUCCAGGCUCUUGUGAGUGGUUUAUUCGCAAACCCUCGUUCGGGCGGUGGCUUAAUUCUGCACGUUCCCAACUUCUUUGGCUGCGAGGGCGACCAGGUGCAGGAAAGACCGUUUUGACCAGCCACAUCAUCAAUCACCUACGGAACCAUGGGCGGGAUUGUUGUUUCUUCUUCUUCAAAGACGAGGACAAAUCAAAAGUCACCAUAAGCUCUUUCCUAAGAUCUUUAGCCUGGCAGAUGGCUCAGCUACACGGCGAUAUUUUAUCUACCGUACUCGACGUCGCUGCGACAUGGCAGGACGCGGCGAUAAGCAAGGCUGACCAUAAUCCCGUUUGGCAAAGGCUUUAUCUACGUGGCUUGUUCAAAGUUCCUCUGAUGAAGCAACAAUAUUGGAUUAUCGAUGCUUUGGAUGAGUGUAAGGCAGGCACCGAACUUAUGUCUUUCUUGGCGAAGGCCCAGGAGCUAUGGCCGUUGUCUAUCUUGGUCACUUCUCGGCAUCCUAUGAUGUCUAUGAAUUUGACAAAUCCUACAGUUGAAAUCGUUUCGGAAGUGAUCGAAGAAAGAGACACGAAGGAAGAUAUAUCACUACUUCUGAGAGCCCAUGUGAACUUCCUGCCCCAGAGGAGCGAUGAAAAAAAGAUGGCGAUGGCGAAAGACAUUGCCGAGACAUCUAACGGUUGCUUUCUCUGGGUUGGCCUAGUCUUAAAAGAGCUCCAGCAAGCCAACACGUCUGCAGAUAUUCGGAGAGUAUUAGCGAGCAACUCCGAUGGUAUGGAUAAUCUUUAUCACAAGAUUUUAAUAGAUAUUGCGGACGCUCGGUUCGGGAAGGAUCUUGCAAAGGCCAUCCUUACAUGGACAGCAUGUGCAUUCCGGCCACUCUCAAUAGAUGAAAUACACCGGGCCAUUGAGAUUGGCCUCAAUGAUAAGAUAAACGAUGUUGAGCGCUCCAUCAACACGUGCUGUCGCAACGUUGCCUACGUUGACAGCCAGAGAACGGUUCGACUGAUCCACUCCACAGCUCGAGAUUUUCUCCUACGUCAAAAUACUGUUCGGGAGUUGAGAAUUGAAAGGUCAGAUGCACACAGACAUCUUACUCUGGUGUGCCUUCAAUAUCUCUCUAGCAGCGAAAUGAAGCCUCCGCGGUCAAGAAAACUGAGUCUAUCCACAGAAGCUGAGAAAAGGUCCCCGUUCGCAGACUACGCAUGCAGAUUCGUCUUCAAGCAUUUGCCUCUGGUUAUUUCAACAGAUAAUGAUGUCUUUCUUGCUCUUUCUAAAUUUCUCAUGUCGCCCAAUAUUCUGGGCUGGAUUGAGUACCUUGCUAGGCAUGGAGAAUUGCAGCUUGUGUUUCACGCAGGGAAAGCUAUUGACAAUCUAUUCGCCCGCCGUUCUAGACAUACGCCUCCAAUGGGUCUCAAAAAAGAUCUUCGGCUCAUCCAGGAAUGGGGAAAUGAUAUGGUUCAUCUGGUAACUAGAUUUGGGCAUCAACUCUCUCUUUAUCCGUUAUCAAUUCACCAUCUUGUCCCUGCUCUUUGUCCCCGAGAUUCUACUCUGCGCAAACUGUUUGGUUCAUCUCCCAGAGGACUAUCCGUGCAUGGCUUGUCAUCUCACGCAUGGGACGACUGCCUGUCCAUCAUCUCGUACCCCAAUUCGGAGAAACUUAUGAGCAUGGCAACAUCGAACAAGUACCUGGCCAUUGGCAUGGCCAAUGGGCGCAUCAUUGUUUACGACAGUUUCACAUGCCAAGAAUACAAUUUUAUCCAACAAAAAGGUGCGGUGUUGAAAUUGACGUUUGGAGAGAGUCGAAAUUACUUGGCAUCGGCUGGUGCCAAGUCUAUAUCUGUUUGGGAUUUAGAUUCUUGUUCUCUCAUGUGUACGCUGCCUAUUUCGACUCUGUGCAUCGCCAUGACAUUCUUAGAAAACGAUAGUUUGCUGCUUGGUGCGCUGAGGAACAACCAGCUUGUUCACUGGGAUAUUCAAAACGGUGGCACAUGCCAGGACGAGCCAAUCAAUUGGACGCUGGAUUUCGAGAAGGGCAAUUAUCAACGUAGACAACCGACGGGAGCAGCAUUCUGCCCUAACCAAAAGCUCCUGGCUGUGAUGUAUCGUGGGGAAGAUCUAAUUUUGUGGGACUUUGAGCUGGAAAGAAUGCACGAUAUAUACGAAAAGGAGACUGGGUCUUAUCUAUACGAGUCGUCGAAAGGAGCCGACGGAAGUACUACGGUUUGGGCCCUAGCAUUCAGUCCUGCCAUCGACGCGAACACCCUCAUUGCGGCCUACUCGGAUGGAGAUCUGGUGGUGUACGAUACCUCCUCCGGUCGAGUUCGAGGCGCUCUACGGGAUGUGAAUGCUCACGUUCUGGCAUGCUCCCCAGACGGCCGCACACUAGCAACUGCCGACUCACAGGGCACGAUUCAGCUAUACGACAUUGAAACUCUUAAAAUGAUAUACCAGCUCAAUUUCAACGACAAUCAGUCUGGAUCUGAAGCUCUAGCCUUUACUUUGGACAAUAAUCGACUUCUCGACGGUCGCGCCCAUCAAUGUCGGAUCUGGGACCCUGCUGUGUUACAGAGACAGGAAAUGGACGAAAUAAAUAGUGACACGGCAUCCAUUUCAACAAAUCCUCAAGAGAUAGACUACAAAAUCUCAGAAACAGUGAAGAUCACGGCGAUUAUUUGCGUCCAAUCUGCCUCUAUUGUUUUUUGCGGAAAAGAUGAUGGAUCUGUGCAUGUCUAUGACCUCGGCUCUGAGCAUCAGAGCCAGCAGCUGUUUGUACAGACUCAAGGGGUCUCAAUAACCUUCCUGCAUUUCGACGAGGGUAUUCUCACCUGCGCGGACUGUGGCAGUCAUGUGGUGAGCAGGAGACUUAUACGACGGCCUGGAUCGAGCUGGCUUGUCCAGAACCCAUUUCUGGACAUACGCAUAGGCACAAGCAUACAUCAGGUUCUCACAUGUAACAAGAACUCCAGGCUUCUUGUGGCAACCGAAUCCGAGGACACUCUUUGGGACCUAGCUCCCUCGGAGGAUAAGACUCCUCUCGUUCGCAACAAGGUUAUAGGAAAACGAUUUUGGAUCCAGAGCGCCAUAGAUCCGAAUAAUCUAAUCCUUGUGACGCACAUGGUAACUGUGGCGUACAAGUGGAUCUCUCUUGAAUGCAUCGGCGAUGUGCCUCCGGACACUUUUCCCCAAGAAUCGACGCUGAUUGAACGUGUAAUUCCCCUACAACACCCCCGUUUCUUUGUCACGAUAACGAAAAAUGUCUUUUCCGGUCAGGUCUCUGAGUUGCAAAUCAACGUGUGGGAUUUUAGAGAUUUCAACUCUGACAAGUCAAUUCAAUGCCCUGUGCACAGCUUUGACGCCACAUCAUCAAGAUUCGAGGCUAUGAUCGGGGCACUUGACGAGCGUAUAAUAUACCUAGACACUGAACACUGGGUAUGCUCCAUAAAUAUGGAAAAUACGGGGCAGCCUGCAAUACGACACUUCUUUUUUCCCAACGAUUGGAUGGGUUCCGUGGGUCAGUUGCUACUUGGUUUAGGGCGUGGAGGUGAGAUCAUAUUUGUUAAACUAGAUGAGCUUGUCGUUAUAAAGCGGGGUCUUGAAUACACAGAGCAAGGCAUGUUCAAUGGUUCUAGAAGGCUUAGCUUGGCUGUCAGGACGGGCUAG